CAUUAACAGAAUAUAAUAUCAAGAUGUCUGCUAAAACCCAAAACCCAAUGCGUGACAUGCGCAUCGAAAAGUUAGUGUUGAACAUCUGUGUCGGUGAAUCCGGUGACAGAUUGACCAGAGCCUCCAAGGUGUUGGAACAAUUGUCCGGUCAAACCCCAGUUCAAUCCAAGGCCAGAUAUACCGUCAGAACCUUUGGUAUCAGAAGAAACGAAAAGAUCUCUGUCCAUGUCACCAUCAGAGGCCCAAAGGCCGAAGAAAUCUUGGAAAGAGGUUUGAAGGUCAAGGAAUACCAAUUGAGAGAAAGAAACUUUUCUGCCACCGGUAACUUUGGUUUCGGUGUUGAUGAACACAUCGACUUGGGUAUCAAGUAUGACCCAGGUAUCGGUAUCUACGGUAUGGACUUUUACGUUGUGUUGGGCAGAGCUGGUGCAAGAAUCACCAGAAGAAAGAGAGCUAGAUCCACCAUUGGUAACCACCACCAAACCAACAAGGAAGAUAGCAUUGCCUGGUUCAAGCAAAGAUACGACGCCGAAGUCUUGAACAAGUAAUCGUUGUUAAAUGUAUAUUUACCAGUUAGCUAUCUAAUAUAAUAUUUUAGCUGUCGGAGAUUUCUCAUCCUCGUUUGUUUUU